AUGGCUGGUUCAGAACCUGUUAGUGCAAAGGGAGAGACUAGGACUGUGGAUGUUGCACCAAGGAAGCCCCGGAUUCUACUUGCUGCUAGUGGGAGUGUUGCUGCUGUCAAAUUUGCAAAUCUUUGUCAUUGUUUCUCUGAAUGGGCAGAUGUAAGAGCAGUUGCCACAAAUGCAUCUUUGCAUUUCAUUGAUAAAGCUUCAAUGCCCAAGGAUGUAGUUUUAUACACCGAUGACGAUGAGUGGUCUAGGUGGAUGAAACUUGGUGAUAAUGUGCUUCACAUUGAGCUUCGCAACUGGGCUGAUAUCAUGGUCAUUGCUCCAUUAUCAGCAAACACCCUUGGCAAGAUUGCUGGAGGGUUGUGUGACAAUCUACUGACAUGCAUCGUGCGAGCCUGGGACUACAACAAGCCAUUCUUUGUUGCACCAGCCAUGAACACUUUUAUGUGGAACAAUCCUUUCACCGAGCGGCAUCUCAUCUCCAUUGAUGAGCUUGGUAUUUCUCUCAUCCCUCCUGUUACAAAGCGGUUAGCUUGUGGAGAUUAUGGCAAUGGUGCUAUGGCUGAACCCUCUACCAUUUACUCAACUGUAAUGCUCUUCUAUGAGUCAAGGGCUCAGCAAGGUCAUGGUGAUAUCUGA